AUGAUAACCAGUGAUCCAAAAAGUCAACAACAGUUGACUACUCCAUCCAACAUUGACGAAAUAAAAAAACAAAAGAAACUUAAAAGUUUACUUAAGAAGCUACAAAUACCCGAUAACAAGACUUACGAAGUGAUCACCGAGAAAAUAAUAACAACCGCUUCAUCCACAGAUCCCUCUUCCGAUUCUAAUAAGCUCCGUCAGCUUAGAAAUCGUGAUCAGAUCCAACUAUCGGCUAUAUCUGACCCUCUACUAGGGGAUGAUAGAAAUGGCAAAGCAAAGAUAAAACUAAAAGAUACCAACAACAAAAUUUCAUUCAAAUCAAAUACUUUGGAAAUAUCCUCAAAUUUGGAAAACCUUAUCGUGAAAAUAAAUUUGAAAAAGAUUGUUGGCGAUAACUCCAUAUUUAAUACCAGUAUCCUAAACGAUAUAAAGCUAUUAGAUGAUAAUAAUAAAGAUGAAUACGAUGAGUAUGAAGAUGAUGAUAGUUUUGAUGUUACAGAAUUGCCAUACCGUGGAGCCCUUGAUAUCGACGACGCUAGCACCUUGAAAACUCAGCCGAAUUCCCUUGAUAGAAAAGCAUUCGAGAAUUCAAUGAAAAGAACCCAAAAUUUAAGAAUCAAAAACAGUGAUGGAACCUUAAUAAAGCCUUGGGAUCAAGAUUCAUCCAUUUAUAAAAAAAUUGAUUGCAUUCAUUUUGGUGGUUUUGAAAUUGAUACCUGGUAUGCUGCUCCAUAUCCAGAGGAAUAUAAUAAACAUAAAGUACUUCAUAUUUGUGAAUAUUGCCUCAGGUACUUCUCAUCAUCAUUUGUUAUGAAGCGCCAUUCUUUAAAAUGCCCGUUAAACCAUCCUCCCGGAAAUGAGAUUUAUAGGGACGUGAAUAAUCGACUCGCGGUAUUUGAGGUUGAUGGGAGAAAAAAUGUAUUAUAUUGUCAGAAUUUAUGCUUAUUGUCCAAGCUAUUUUUGAAUUCCAAGACUCUUUAUUUCGAUGUUCAACCGUUUGUGUUUUAUAUUUUGACAGAAAUUGACUCACAAAAUAAUUAUCAUUUUGUGGGCUAUUUCUCCAAAGAGAAAUUGUCAUCUACAAAUUACAACUUGUCGUGCAUUUUGACAUUACCAAUUUAUCAACGGAAUGGAUAUGGAAAUUUUCUAAUUGACUUCAGUUAUUUAUUAUCAAGAAUGGAAUUUAGAGUUGGGACUCCAGAAAAACCUCUAUCAAAUUUCGGCCUUUUAUCGUACCGAAGUUAUUGGAAAACAGCAUUAGCUUAUAGAAUAAAACAAAUUAUGAUUGAUAGCGAAAUCUUCACCAAAACAUAUCAAAUAUUAAAGGAAAAUAAACAAAUUACGGAAAAUAACUUUAAAGUUUUGGAAAAUUAUAAAUAUCAAAAUCCCCUAUUAAAACUAACCAUCCAAGAUCUCUCAAAUACCUCAGGUAUGACUCCAUCGGAUGUGAUUUAUACUUUAGAAAACUUGAACGGAUUAAUGAAAGAUCCAAUAACUGGAAAAUAUGCCAUCAAAAUCAAUAUCUCAAAAAUCAAUGGAGUGAUCAAUAAAUAUGAACAGAAAGGAUAUGUCCGCGUUGAUCCUGAUUUAUUAUUAUGGAAGCCAUUAAUUUAUGGACCUUCUGGUGGCAUUUCUGCCAAGAGAACAGAUAUCGAUAUUACCAAUGAGCCCACAAAACCAGAUGGGGAUAGAGUAUCAAAUAAUGAUAAUCCAAAUUUAAUUUCAUUUCUUGUUAACUUCAUGAAGGACGAUAUUGAGGAUAUUCGAAAUUUGACGAAGCAAACUCUUGAUGAAAUUGUGAAUCGAAUAAGGAUUUUAACUCACGUGGACUUUGAAAAGAAGAAUAUGAUUAUAGAUGAAGAGGACGAAAAAUUAUUAAAAUUGGACAUCAAGGCUUUGAUAGAGAAACAUCAGAAAUUAUUAGCUUCCGACGAGGAUAAGGAGGGGCUACUCAAAGCUCUAGAAAAUGAGCAAGAAAUUCCAAUAAUGAGAUUAAUAAUGUGUACCAAUGUGUAUAAUGCCAAUGGCGAUUCAUUAAUGAUGAACAAUAAAAUCAAUCAAGAUGGCUCUUUUAACGAAAAGAAGAAGAAAAUAGUUAUUGACGAUGAUGAUGAGGAGGAAGAGGAAAAAGAGGAAGAAAAAGAAGAGGAAGAGGAAGAGGAAGAAGAAGAGGAAGAGAAUAAAGAACAAAUAAAUGGUAACCGAGUAGCUAUCGAAAAUCGUAAUCGGUAUGAGCCAAGUGGAGAUGAAAAUGAAGAUCUGAUAGAAGAAAAGAAUAAAGAUGUUAACGAAACGAAAAGUAGAGAUGAUGAUGCUAAGAAUGGAAACGCAUCUGUUUUUGGAAUACAAGAGGUGGAGAACAGAGGCGAGUCAAUUGGGCUGGAUGUAGGAUAUGAAGAUGAAUUUGCUAGAGAUGCGGCAAGCCAGCUAACACAAAACAAGCCUCAGUAUGAAGCAAUUGAUGGAAAUGACCAAGUUGAUACAGAAAAUGGAUCCACUUAUCUUGAUUAUUAUGACGAAACUUCCGAAUUAAGUCCUUUAUCCCUAUCUGAGCGGUCCGCGUCACCUUUUGAAGAAGAUAAAAGUAUAUCGAAAAGUAAAGGGAGUAUUCAAGAAGAAGGCCUCUCAAAAUCAUAUGCGGAAAAAGAUGUAGCAGGGAGGAUGAGAAGCUUUAGGGGAAGAAAUGAAGAUCUAAGGGUUAGAGAAAAAGGAAAAUUCAGACCCAGUUUUGCGAAUGGCCAAGACGUGAAUGGCGGGAUCCCGAGUUCUAAAGAAAGCACCAAGAAUCAUCAAAGAACAUCUAGCAGGAGAAACAGAGGUAAAAAUAUUAAUAUGGAUGUUGAAGAAGAGACUAUUUCCAGGAAUUUGAAGCGAAAAAUUGGAAGUACCAUUGGAGAGUCUGAGAGACAUUCCAGCAGUAAAAAUCAAGAAUCAGAAGUAAUCAAUGGAAAAAAUAAUGGUAAUAUGGCAGAAACUGCCGAUACUCCUCCUGUAAAAAGAGGCAGGGGCAGACCCAAGGGAAGUUUCAAGAAGAAGAAACUACACAAAUAG